AUGAUGAAGAUUAACCACACCAAUCUUUGGCUUAAUCCCUUGCUUGAUGUUUAUCCUAAAGAACUGAGAAUGAUCAUAUUGGUUUUGAAUAAUUAUGUUCUUAAUCAUGCUUUAUUAUAUUCAUUUGCAACUCUGAUGCAAUGGUUAUUUAUAGCUGCUUCUACUGCCAUUUACAACAAAACCAUGAAGAUUGUCACAUUUCAAUUGAUGUCCAAUAAAACAAAGAAACUUACAAAGAAGAAAUUAUCCCAAAUCUUGAAGUUACCUUCUAUAUGUAUGUUUUAUGAUGUGACUACUGAAAAAAGUUUCUUUUUCGAGAUUAUUCUAAGGUGCCUAGCUGGAAGAAGUUUAGGGUUGGAUAAGGAGAAACUUGAUCUUUAUUCUAUUGUAGUCGGGUUGUAUUAUGGAUUAGAUAUUGAUUAUGCAUCCUUCUUGUGUGAAGAAUUUGGAAAUUUGAUUUCUCAUUCCAAACUAGCAACUGGGGUUUCGAGUGCUAGGUUUGGGGGAUUAAUUUUUAGGCAGGUAUAUACCCAAGAAUAUGCUCUUUUUCCUAAUGAUGUUGAUAUUGCUAAGUUUCCAUCAAUGACGGUUCCUAAACUUUUGUUGGAUGAUGCUAAGAUUUUACUAAAUGUUGCUCAAAUUUCUGAUUCGAUGCUAAAACUGGUGAAUCCUACUCAUCAAUUGUUGGUGAAGUAUCGAGCUUCAAUGGAUUCAACUCCAACUUGUAUUCUACCACUAAAGGUUCCAUCUAAAGGUGUUGAAGAAGAAGAAGUGGUUAAAGAGAAUGUACCCACGAAGACUGGAAAACGGGUACUCAAAAGAACAAAGAAUACUGUUAAGAAACCAUAUGAAUCUGAAACCACAAAACCCAUAGAAGAGCCUAUUAUCGAAACUGUUGAGCCAAUAGUUGAGAAAAUUCCAAUGGAGAAUCCAACUUAUAUAAUAGCUACAAUUGCACAAGUAGGUGAACCAGAUCUUUCAUCUCCUGGUUCUGUUGUAUCAAGAAAUAGGACUGUUUUAGAUGUCGUGCAAAAGUUAAAGAAGCGAAAGGCAACUCCUGUUGAGGAUAAACUAGAAGAUGUCUUUUGUGGAAUCAUAACAUGA